AACAUGUUUACUGAGUAACUAUGUUUAUUUUCUAUAUUUUAAAGUUGAUUUUCUGGAAUAAUUAACACUGACACAUAAUUUGAUGCAUAAUUUCGGAUGCCAGAUAAUCAGAACAAUUUUCUCCUCACAGAAAAAAGAACAGAUUAUUUUUCAAGUGAUUAUUCAGCCGCAGGGUUUCGUGUUGUUGUAGAUAGUUCACUUUGAGAGUACUGUAGUAGAUUUCUAUGGGAUCAGCAGUGUCAUGUACCAGCAAGUCCAAAGUUACUGAAUCAGCAUUCGAAAAGCACAGUAAACCUGAGAAAAUGGAAGACAAUACAGAAAUAAACUCACAUCCGCCUCAGCCUCCACCAUUGAAUAACACUGAUUCUCGUCCUCCUCAAGCACCAGGUGCUAUAAUGUCACUGGACAAUGAAAGUGAAAAAUCAAAAACCGAACAGGACUCUAGAGGAAUUGAAAACGAAAAGAAAAUAGAUGAUGAUGAUAAAGAUGCGGGAACAGAGAAAAAUCGAGGAAAUGCAAAGACUCAAAGUAAAGAAAAGGUUGCUGAAUUGGAACUAAUGACUGAAGAAGAGAUUGCAGAAUUCAAACAGAAAACAUUUGAUUAUCUGAGAAGUACAGCAAAUGAAGUAGUCACACUUGAAACUCGACAAGCAGAAGGUGGAGAAUAUGUUGCAAAGAUUAGAAAUGCUACGUUACGAUUUCUUCAGAGUUAUUUUGCCCUAAAAAGAACAGUGUUAGAAGAAAUAAUCAAAUUCAGAGAAGAGAUUGCAAAAAUUAUGAUUGAAACUAAGUUUUUUGAUUUGAGUUGUGAAAUCAUUAUGAACACAUACAAGAAUGGAUGGCAGCUAGAAGAUGGAAAACAGAAUGAUAAGAAGUAUAUUCCUCUUUCAAAUAGCAUGGUAACUCUGCUGAAUUUUAGUGAUGGAUCGGAUGAGUAUGCUAUUGCCAUGGCAAAUGAACCUGGGUUUGUAGAGUUAAUAAAACAGAUCCUAGAAGACACACAGCAGAGGCAUUUAGGAAAAGUUGAACCGCCACUAAAACAAAAUGAAGAAAGAUUAAUGAAGCAUUCGCUUAGUCUGAUUCACAACAUGUCAAUGAGAGAGUCAAAUAUUGCCCGAUUACGCAGUUUGGACAUGAUCAGUCCAUUACAGCCUUUCCUCAGUUCGUCAAAUGAUAUGUUUGCUUUGAACGCACUGGCAAGUCUAGCAGGUAUUAUCAAUGAGGAAGAGUGUGAAAUUAUAAAUGGUCAUAAGAAUACUGUGAUGAUACUGUUAGAUUGUCUUCGGAAAGGUUUGAAAGACAAGAUGCGAAGGUGUAAGGGAUGGUCUGCUAAGGAAUGUGGAUACACUGUUAGAAUGUUGGCAAGAAAUGAUGCAAACAUGAAGACACUAGUAGAUCUUGGAGCCCUGGAACUACUUGUUGAGUUGGGAAGAACUGGGGAUCAGGCUGAGCAGUAUGAGAGUGUUGCAGCACUUUGGGCAUUGUGUUUUGAUGAAGAUAACCAGUCACUGAUUUCGGGAAAAGCAGAACUUGGUGUUGUAGAUUUACUAGUAGAUUUAAAGCACUCUGAAAAUGAUAGUAUCAAGAAAUCAUGCAAUGGUGCAUUGUGGACAUUGAGAGAUGCAUUAAAGAAUACAGUUUGUGAAAAAUACAAGAAAAUUGGCAAAUCAUUUGAUACAGGUGAAGAGUUGGCUUCAAAUGAUGUGAAGAAACCAAGACGUAAGAAAAAAGCAGUGGAUGAAAACGCAGUAUCAAGUAAAGGACAAGUAAUGAUCUCAUACCAGUGGGCUGAUCAGCAAGUGCUGAAAAAUGUACGAGACAACAUCAAAGCUAGAGGAUAUAAGGUGUGGAUGGAUAUUGACCAGAUGGGCGGGUCCACUCUUCAGGCGAUGGCUGAUGGUGUUGAAGGUGCUGACGUGUUCCUCAUGUGUAUGUCUAGCAAAUACAAGCAUAGCCCAGCUUGUAGAGCUGGAUCUUUGAACAGAUUACAAGCUUAUAAAAAAUGUGUUUGGAGACCAGUCUAA